UACGUGGUUUUAUUUACUUCUGUCUUUAUUUUAUAUUUUAUUCAUGUUGGAGAUACAGGUUCUCAAAAAAAAUAUGUGAUGUAUAAAUAAUCAGACAUUAGAUUUGUAUGAAGUUGUGUCACUCAGAGGAUAUGAGAAACAACACAGAGGAGGGUACAGUCACUGAAAGAUUUUACCCAAAGAGGGAAGAAGUGAAGCAGUGGUGAGUACAGCAACUCACAGCAAGAGAUAAAGAACGGAGAAGACGCCAAGAGACGCAGACAGUCACAGGUGUUUCUGCUUUUGAAAGGAAGAGCUUCUGUAGGAGAAGAUGGUUUUCAAACUUCAAAUAAAGGUGUUUUUCAUCUGGGCAACUCUGUGGUUCUCUGUGAGAGGCAGUGGCACUGACUCAGAUGGUAAGGAAGUCCGUGUGAAUGAGAAGGGUGAUGGUAAACAUUUGAUCUGCGGUGAUGAAGAACUCCUCCCAUCUGUCGUUACAUGGAUAAAGCAUGGCUCCAACAAAAACCUGCAUAAUGAAACCACAGAAGAAGUACAGAACGGGACCAAAACCAACACUUCUUCCAUCCUCAAUGUGACAGCAGAACAUUUUGAACAAUACACCUGCACACCCACAGCACAACGUCAGAACAACACCUUAACUGAAGUAGACAUAACGGUCAUAUAUGUGAAGAAACCUGAAAUCUCCUCAAAGACAACGACGACAGUUGUGAAACCUGCUGAAGGUCUGAAUCUGACCUGCAUGGCCGACGGCGUCCCUCCUUCUGUCAUCACAUGGACUCAGAACAACAGUGUUCUGCAGAAUGACAGCAGGUCACUUACAGUUACCAUCCAGAAUUACACUGGACCGUACACCUGCACCGCCAAACCCACGAACAACACUGAAGACAAAGAAGAACACAACGGAACCGUGAACAGCAUCAGCGAACCUCAAAUCAUUGGAAACACAACUGUUAAGGAGGGUGAAAGCCUGAAUUUGACGUGCAGUGCUGAAGGUUUCGAUCUCAUCACCUGGGCUAAAGUCGAUUCUACCAAGAACCUGUCCAGCAGAACCUACCCCAGUGUGAAGAACCGCAUCACACUCUUCAUCAGUAAUGUGACCGCAGAGGACUCAGGCCAGUACAUCUGCAGAGCAAAAUUUCCAAACAAAACUGUGACUGUGGACGUUAACGUAACUGUGAUUUUGCCACCAAAGAUCUUAAACAGCUCUGGAUGUACAUAUCAUCUGGAGAGUCUGACCUGUACAUGUAUCAGUGAGGACGAUCCUUUACCCACCAUCAGAUGGCCGCUGUUGGACAAACAGUCGUCUUACAUUAUCAUUAAUACUGUGGUAAACAACACCGUCAACAGCACCUUCACCCUGUCUGUAAAAGAGCACAGCAACACCACAGUCCAGUGCGUCCACAGCAAUGGAUACUGGGAAAUAGAAGAACAACUUAACAUCACAAAUAAAAGAGGAGAAGAAGAACAAGAACAAGAACAAGAAGAUCCAAAAAUGAAAAUGUUCAGAAGAGUUAUACGGCUGGAAAUCAUCCUGGCCUUUUUGACCGGCAUACUCCUUUCUGCAUGUAUUUGCUGUUUGACAAGAAAAUGCUGCAGGAAAAAACAGAAGGACUCUGGAUAUCUGGCUGAAACACUGGAGUUGGUGACAAGUCAACAGCAUCCACUGGUGGAUCCUGAGUUUGCAGAGGAAAACACCCAGAGCCUCCACCACCCAGAGGCAGAAGCCGAGGAGGCAGCCAAAUCAGACAUAGAAUACUCCAACAUUGACUUCUCUGCGUUACCAAGAAACGGUGCAAUGGGAGCAGAACGUGUGCAAAACAACACAAACACUGACUAUGCUGAAAUUAAGAAAGACAAGAGAAGAGAGGAGAGGCAUGAAGGAGAGGAAGAGGAGAUAACAAACCACCGUCGGACAGAGGAGGAAGAUGAAGAUGCAAAUCUGUAUUCCAAUGUGAAGGAUGUGAUGGAUCAGAUGUGAAGAUGGAGAAGACUAGUUUAUGUAGUGGUGUAGAUUACGGAUGUCAAACGUCCAAUACAGCUCGUGGGAUGAAUAUGUGAAAUGCAAUAAUUACACUGAAGAUAUUAGCAAUCAUUUUAGUUAAGGGGCCAAAUACAGACCAAACUGAUCUGAAGUGGAUCCGACCAGUAAAAUAC